AUGGCGGGCUUGGCAUGGAAAUGGGGGUUUGAAUAUGGCUUGCCUAUGGAGGAGAUGAGAAAUCUUUAUAUUCAUACUAUCACCACCGAAUACUACUCCAGAACAGCCAAAGUAAACCUAGAAAAUCCUGCUGUGCUCCGGUCUAGCUUUCAUAUGCAGCCUAAGAAAAGCCCAGAAUAA